AUGCACUCCCCGACGUCGCACACGCAGCAGCCACCCGCCUGGCUCAAGAGGCACUUGGACGACGCUCAUCCGCCGCCCAAGCUAUUUGCCUGGACGCCGGCCAACCUGGAUGGCGCCGAGCACGGUACAGGAGGCCAUGGCCAUGGCCGCGAGCCCGCGGGCGGCGACGACCUCGACCGCCGCAUCUUCAUCCUCGGCAUCGGCAACAUCGGCCGCCUCUACGCCAGCCACCUCGCCCGCAACCCGCCCGCAACCCGCCCGCCCAUCACCCUCGUCGUCCACCGCAAGGAGCUCCUCUCCCAAUGGGCCGCCGGCAGCGGCAUCGAGCUCGUCACUCUCGGCGCCGCCGGUCGCCGCAGCGUCUGCGACAAGGAUGCUUUCAACGUCGAGUGGUGGACCGAGACGGCCCCGAGCCACGGCCCCGUGCGCGAGGUCGUCGACGGCCGCAAGCUGCGCAGCCUCGUCAUCGCCACAAAAGCCUCGGCCGCCGUGCCCGAGGCCGAUCGCCUGCGCCGUUACCUCGACGCCCAAAGCUCCGUCGCCUUUGCCCAGAAUGGCGUCUGCAAGCUCUGGCCGCCCCACGGCCCGGCCUACGUCGCCCAUCGCUACCCGGCCGCCGGCUCCGCGCCUAGCUUCCUCGCUUGUGUCACCUCCCACGGGCUCUACUCCCUCGGACCCUUUCGGAGCGUGCACGCCGCCGCCGCCGACGUCUCUGUCGGCCCUGUCCCCGUUCACCUCGGUCAUAAUCACGCGGCGUAUCUGAUGCGCCAGAUCGCCUCGGCGCCGCAGCUGCAAGGUAGAGCCGUCUCCUCUGCCGAGCUCUGGCUCCUGCAGCUCGAGAAGCUCGUGUACAACUCGUCCAUCAACCCUCUCACCGCCUUGCUGCGCUGCAAGAACGGCGGCCUCUUUGAAGAGCCAGGCGGCGUCGUCGCCCGCGUCAUGGAUCGCCUCCUCGACGAGACGAGCCACGUUCUUCAAGCCCUGGUCGUCCACGAGAGCGCCGCGGAGAUCCUCGCGGCCAUUACCCCGGACGAGCACCACAAUCGGCAGCAGCAGCAGCAACUCCAGGCCCGCUUUGCACAGCCUCGGCUCCGCGAGAUGCUGCACGCCUUUGGCGCAAAGGUGGCGGAAAACACCAGCUCCAUGCUCCAGGACGUGCUGGCCGGCAAGCCGACCGAGGUCCGGGACUUCAACGGCUGGCUCAUCGACGCGGCCGCCUUCCUCGACCCGGGCCUCGACAUGUCGGCGCACCAGGCCAUGGUCGACCUGGUCGAAUCCGGCAUCGUCUUGACCAAGGAAGAGCUCGGCCGGCGACUUCUUUGA